UUGUCAAAUUCGAGCUUUAAGUCAGAGCCCAGCCCAAGAAAGAUGAGACCGUAACGUAGUUGGGUUGUUGUGGUGUCGAGUUCGAGUCUCACCUUAGUGUUGCCAUUCGAAUCUUCCGGUUGUGAAUCUCAGGCUCAGGCAUAUUCUGACCAGAAUUUCCGCGUUACCUGUGAAAGUCUAAAUUCUAUUACAAUGUCCGAUACAAUAGUAUUAAAAAUCUUAUAUGGGAAAGAUGAGAACAGCCGAACAUUAGUAAUCACCGGAGCUCACUUCACUGGUCAGCUCACUCACAUCACCACCGGUUUUUUUGAGUUAUCCCAUGGAUCUUAAUACAUAACAAGAGCAACUAAUUUUAGAAUUUCGAUUUCAGAAUUGUAAUAACCGGAGCUCACUUCACUGGUUGGCAAGGCAAGUGGAUCAUCACUCAUCAGGGAGUUUAGAGAAUGAUAGAAGAAGAAGAAGAAGAAGAAGACCCGUUGCUGAACUACCAGCAAGAAGAACUAGGAAGUGGGUAUCUGGUUGCUCGAACGUGGCUGGAGUCGAAGAAGAUAUGGCAAAUAGCUGGGCCCUCCAUCUUCAGCCGCCUUGCCAUGUUCUCCGUCACUAUUGUUACCCAAUCUUUCGCCGGCCACUUCAGUGACGUGGAUCUCGCAGCCAUCUCCAUCGUUACCACCGUCAUCGUCGGCAUCACAUUCGGAUUCCUGUUAGGCAUGGCGAGCGCGCUCGAGACUCUUUGUGGGCAGGCUUAUGGAGCGAAAAAGUACCAUAUGAUGGGAAUUUACGUGCAACGUUCUUGGAUUGUACUCUUUAUAAGCUCGGUAUUACUAGUGCCCAUGUUUUUAUUUCCAACUCCGAUCUUGAAGCUCAUCGGACAGACCGAGGCGGUGGCGGAGAAGACUGGUGUGGUGGCUAAAUGGCUUAUUCCGUUUCACUUGAGCUUUCCAUUUCAGUUUUCGUUGCAGAGAUUGCAGAGCCAGCUCAAGACGGCUCCGAUUGCUUGGGUUUCCGGCGGCGUUAUAGGACUUCAUGUUAUUUUAAGUUGGGUUUUUGUGUAUAAGCUGAGGAUUGGUCUUGUUGGCGCUGCUUUGACUAUUGACUUUGCCUGGUGGCUCUCGGUCUUCGGAAUGUUUGGAUACACUAUUUAUGGAGGUUGCCCUGAAACAUGGACUGGUUUAUCAAGUCAAGCUUUUGUUGGGCUAUGGGACUUUUUUAAGCUCUCUUUGGCUUCUGGGGUCAUGCUCUCGUUGGAGAAUUUCUAUUACAGGAUGUUGGUCAUUGUAUCUGGUUAUUUCCAAAACACUCACAUUGCAGUCGAUGCCCAUUCAAUCUGUGUAACAAUCUACGGUUGGGAAUCUAUGAUUCCUCUUGGAUUUUUGGCUGCAACAGGGUGGGUUUAAGUUGAAAGAUUGACUUGGCUUAGUGGGUUUUAGAGUUUCAGAUUGACUAGCUUUGUGGUUUGGCGACUUUGAGAGUUUCAAUCUGUUUGGCUUGGUGGUUUGGUGGCUUUGAGGUAUAUGUUUAUGAUUAAUGUUGAUUAAAUCCUCACUAAUCUGAAGGGUUCAUGCUGAUUAACAACUCUGAGGUAUUUUGUUUUGUUAUGUUUGUUGCAUUUAUUAUAGGAUUCAGAUUAAUAGCUUUGAUCCAUUGUUGUUUCGGUGAUUUAUUUGCUUUAUUGGUCUGAUGUAUUAAUUCGUGUUUCAUUGUUCUAGAGUUUUAGUUCAUUGUUCUGAGGCUUCGAGAUGUGUUUCAUUAUUUUGAGGCUUUAUUUGUUUCAAGUUUGAUUCAAGUUUAAAGUGGUUUCUGCAAGUUCACAGUUUAAAGUUUAUCACAUUAGUUUGCAAGUUGAAUACUUUGUUCUAGGUUCAUGUUAAUUUGUGUAUGUUUAGUUCUAUUUUUGGUUUUAUGCUGGUCUUUUUUCUUUUUUCACAAGUCCUUUUUUGUUUCUAGUGUCUUGUUUGUUGUCAUUUUCCAAGGAAAUGAAUUUCCUCUAUCUUGUUAAAUGUUUUUCUUUUGCCUCUGCUUUUCUUUAAAUUUUUUUUUUUUGGCCUAUGAUGUUCAAAAAGAGUAUGCUUAUUAUGUUGGUGAUUAUGUGAUUUCUUGUGCUCAUAUUUUUUUUAUAUAUGUGCUGGUAUAUCAAGUCACAUAAAUGUCCUUAAUAAGUCAUGUUCAAGAACAAGUAUACUUAUUUUAUGUUGGUAAUUAUGGGACUUGUUGUGCUCAUAUAUUGGUUUUUAAUAUAUGUUGUUAUAUCAAGUGUCAUAAAUGCCUAGAAUAAUAAAUCAUAUAUUUUCUGAAAUCCUUAUGAUGAUUAAAUUGAGAAUAUUUAUUGUGUUGAAAUUAAUUAUAUAGUCAUUCAGCCAACUUGAACCCCACCUCUAGCCAUCUUUGGUGUCCACCUCCCAAAGACAUCAUCAGCAUUCACAAGUUCAGUUAGAGAAAAGGAGGCUCUUGCACAAUAAUCCCAAAGUGAAGAAUAUCAAGAAAAAUUACAUUAUUGAGUUUGCAAUGACUUGAAAAGAGAAUUAUGUACACUUGUUGAUAUUUUUUUUAUGGAAUGUUAUUAGUUUAACACUCAUCUUUAUUUAGCAAUGAAUAUUGUAUUCUGUUAUUAAUGUUUUAUUUGAGAAACAAUGUUACAUAUUUUUAAAAUUAA